AUGAAUGAACCAGAUGCUGUAAAUACAGUGCUCGGUUAUAUUUUAAUGGGAACCGUGCAGACAGCGUCACCGUCUGUUUCGUCGUUCUUCAUUCAAUCUUCGGAACCAAUAAAUGUUGAAAAUACCUUGAAGGCUUUUUGGGAAGUAGAGGAGGUUCCGGUUAUCAACAAACCCACUCCUGAUGAAGUUUUUUGCGAGAAUCAUUUCAAAAAUUCUCAUUUUCGGGACGAAAGCGGUAGAUAUACAGUAUCCCUUCCGUUUCGGGAUGUGAAUCCGGUGUUUCCCGGUAUACGCGAUCUGGCUCUCAGUCAUUUUUAUUCGCUAGAGCGGCGUCUGUCUAGAAAUCCCGAUAUUCGUGCUCAGUAUUUGGAUUUCAUGCGGGAAUAUCUCGAUCAAAAUCAUAUGGGUUUAGUACCGGACAAUGAAAUCGAUGAUGACGCAUAUUAUAUUCCGCAUCAUUGCGUUUUAAAACCGUCAAGUUUAACGACUAAGUUGAGAGUCGUCUUCAACGCCUCAGCUAAGCUGCCCGGUCAAAAAUCUUUGAACGAUUGUCUUCAUACCGGUCCGAAGUUGCAACAGGACAUUGUUGAAAUUUUGAUGAAUUUCCGUUGCCAUUUCUUUGUGAUAUGCUCCGAUAUUAAAAGCAUGUAUCGGAUGAUUUUGGUUAAUUCAAAUGAUAUAAAAUAUCAGAGAAUUUUGUGGCGAUUUUCACCUGAUGAACCCGUUCGUGAUUAUAAUUUGUUAACUGUCGUUUAUGGAAUAUCCAGUUCGCCAUAUUUAGCUUUAAAAGUUCUUUUGCAAUUGGCGGAAGACGAAGGAGAAUCGUUUCCUUUGGCCGCCGAACAGAUUCGUAAAGCAUCUUACGUGGACGAUUUUGUCGGGGGUGCUUCUACGAUUGAAGAAGCACGCACUUUAGUCAAGGAAUUAAUUGCUCUAAUGCGUCGUGGAGGUUUCGAGCUUAGAAAGUGGUCCAGUAAUGAGCCAUCUCUCAUUUCAGAUUUACCAGAAUCCCAUCUUUCCACACAACCUCGAUCGUUCAAUGAAAUUCACGAAGCUACUCCACUCAAAGUCUUAGGACUUCAUUGGGAUCCAACUUCGGAUCAUUUUUAUUUCGAAUCCAAAUUUAUCACGCAUAAAUCGUGUACUAAGAGAAUCCUUCUAUCGGAGCUCGCAAAAACCUAUGAUCCUCUAGGAUUUCUAACCCCGGUAACUUUUUUCACCAAAUAUUUGAUUCAAAGAUUGUGGGUCUCAGGAAUAGGAUGGGAUGACGAACCCAGUCCUGAGAUCAUUCGAAUUUGGUCCCGGUAUUGCUCAGAAUUACCUAGCCUUUCAAAAUUUAAAAUUCAACGGAAUUUGUUUCCGUUAAGAUCAGCCCACUAUGAACUUCAUGGGUUUUGCGAUGCAAGUGAAAAGGGUUAUGCUUGUGUUGUUUUUGUACGUUCUGUUGAUUCUGGACAGAACAUAAAUGUACAGUUUGUAUGCGGAAAAUCCAAAGUCGCUCCAUUGAAACGAAUUUCAAUUCCUAGACUCGAACUGUGUGGCGCGGUUUUGUUGUCUAAAAUUGUUGGAGUUCGCACGUCGUUCGCUGGGCCAUCGGGUUGA